GGAACAUUCAGUCACUGUCAUUCAUUCGUCAUUUCUUCCUAUCCUAAUUUAUCGAAUAUUUUUUAUUAAAUAAAUUUGUAAAUGAUUUCAAGGUAACUAAAAAAGAAAGAAAAUUGAAUUAAUUAAAUCUCACACAAGAUGCUGAAAUACAGCGGUUCCUUCAUUUUGAGGUUAAGCGCCCGUGCAUUCGUGAGGAAAUACUCAAGUCCAGGGGCUUCAGUGUUCAGAAACGAUAAAUUGGAUGGUACCGGAGGAGUGUCGGAUAGUCAGGCCAAAUCACUAUCUGAGGAUGAUAGAGGGGAUAUAGGUAGUAAAGGCUUAGUAGCAGCAGCGUUUGCCUCUCUAAACAACCCAGAUACGGAAGACAAGCGGAAGCCCAGCUUGAAGUCGGUGAAGCAGAGUAAAUCACAACAGAUGGACAUGCAGAUAACGAAGGCAACGGAUGUGAACAGCUUGCUUGUGGUCGCUGAAAACUCUAUUGUAUCCCGGCGGCAUGCAUUGAAGAUGGUCUCAAUCCUAUCAGAAUGGUCAAGCAGCAACAAAGUGAAGCUUGGUGACUUUGAGAAGGACCCACGUUUCCUGAAGCUGUGUCGGAUCCUAGCUCGGACCCCCACCGCCCAGGCGAUGAGCUCGCUCACCAUGGCCGAGGACCUGAGCACGGUGUUGGGUAUCACUGGUGAUGAUGAGGCUGCCAGGCUGAUUUCCAAUCUGACACUGCCACAGAUGAUUAAGGUAAUGAAAGUACUCCAACAAAAAGGCCGCCGCAGCACUCCGCUCCUCCGCGCACUGUCUCACAACAUCACGAAGAAUUCUGAGGUCAUCGACCUCAAGAAGUCAGCUGACCUCCUCUACUCUAUGGUCUCGCUCAACUUCCCCGACCCGGUCCUGCUCGAUAGAAUAUGCAAAGACGUAAUAGAAUGUCUGCCAUCGAACGAGGAUCGUCCAGCGGCGGUGAGCUCCAUCACCGUGUCGCUGGGCCUGCUGAAGUACCGGCACGAGGCGGCGCUGGCGGCUCUCUGCGGCUGGUCGCAGGCGCGCGCGCACGCCGGCUGCGCGGCCGCCGCUGUCGUCACUCUGGCGCAAGUCGAUUUCGUGCCGCCAAAUACUGAGAAGCUGUUCGAGGUGGCACUAUCGCUGAAGGAGAACGAAAUGUCCAGGGCCUCGGCGUGGCUGGACCUGGUGUUCUCCCUGCUCAUCCUGGACAGAGCGGAGCCCCACCACCUCACCACCACGCUGCAGCCGGACUUUAUUGAUAAGCUGCUGUCUGCUGGUGAGAUACCGAUCCCCGCCCGUCGGAAACUCAUGACCAUAGACGCCUACGUGGGUAUGACGCUACCAGCUCACUCUCCAAGGCUGCCCGAAGACAUCUGGGUGGGAGUGCCGCUGGCCGGCACCCGGGAGAAGGCGGCCUACGUGCAGAGCGUCAUGGACACCUUCAAGAGCCUGGUCUCCGCGGACGCGUUCCUCAGGAGGGGGUGUAACUCCGGCAUGGGGUUCUUAUACGAUGCUGAAUUCGCUGUGGACGCUAAAUGCCAUCCAGUACUGUUAGAAAAGGCUGUAAACAACAAAAGUGUAUUCCGGAUAGCGGUGCUGUGUCUGGACUACCACGACAUGACCAGGAGGGCGGUGGUGCCCCUCGGGGUCUACCAGCUCUACACCAGGAUGUUGCAGCUCAAGGGCUUCAAAGUCCUACAGAUACCGUACACCGAAUACAAUCCCAAGGACAAACUUGUAACCAGAGUGCAGUACAUAGAGAAGAAAUUAAAAAAUUUGAUCAAAUCAUAGUCGAGUCGAGUCCAGACAAUGUGUAUAGAACUGUACAAAUUAGUUAAUUAAUUACUAUUAUUUUAUUUUAUAUUGAGAUAUGAUGUGUGUCUGGGUGAUGAUGGAUAAACGCUUGUGCUACCGUUUUUUUUUUUAAUGAAUGUUUACCUAUGCGCAUGUUAUUACAUACAUACAUAUAGUCACGUCUAUAGCCCUUGCGGGGUAGAUAGAGCCAGCAGUCUUGAAGAGACUGUUAUUGUGAAAAAAUAGUGUGACUGUGUAAGUGUAUGUAAUUAUGUUAAACAAAUUGUUGUUGAAAAAAAAAAACCAAAUACGAAAUAUUUUAAUGAAAAUAACCGUUUUACCUGUGAGUUGUAAAUUUAGCAAGUAGCAAUCACAAUAUGGAAGCAGCUUUCAUAACUUAAUAUAAAAACAACGCUUUAGAUAAACAUUCAUUCUCCGCGGUCACUGUUCAGAUUAUUUAUUUCUAAACACUGGAUAUACGAUGGAAGAGACUGGAUAUAAUAAUGUUUAAUUUAUUGACGUCACCUUAGUUUUUGAAUUUCCACUCGAGACAGCAUGCAAGUGAUAUUUUACAUGCUAUGAAAUGAUAUGGCGAAGUUGUGACGUGCUCCCGCGAUAGUACACCAAGUGUGCUUUUAAUAACUUGUUCUUAGGGUUGUUUUACUUUAGUCGCCUCCUACGACACAGGAAGAGAUAGUGGUUAUAUUGUACUCUGCCGGAAACCAUACUGCCGACAGUAUUUUAGUAGUAAAGGCGUGUAAAUACUUAAUAAUUUUUGUAUAAUAAAUUAGUAAUAUAACGCUGAAAACAUAAACCUAUUUAUGAGUUCGUAAAAAAAAAUGUGACAGUAAACAUAAAAAGCUUUCAUUAUGAAAAGUGAAAGUGGAUGUGUAAAUGAGGGAGUGUUAAUUGUAUAGUUGUUAUUAUUUGAAUAAAAUUAUUUAAAAACUU